AUGCGUAGCUACACCUGGUUCCUGGCGCUGGUCGCGUACAUGAUGCUAUCACUCUGCCUCUCGGUCGGCUGGUCUUUACCGGCUUCCGGAGGUGGUUCAUCUGCUGGCAGCAGCAACGACCUCGACAUGGAUGAGCUUGGACGGGACCGCGUCUCGGGACAGGGCGAAAUUUCGACGUCCCAGUUUCAGCACAUGCUGGCCGUGCGGUCUCCGAAGUACAACUUCGGGUUAGGCAAACGGCGUUACAUCAUAGAGGACGUGCCCGGAGCGAAACGGUUGCCUCACUACAACUUUGGCCUCGGCAAACGCGGCAGUCCGCUCGGUGGCAGUGACUACGAGUACGAUGGGCUGAUGGGUAACCAGCUCGGGUGGAACGAUAACGACUACACCAACCUGAUCACAAAGGAUGGCCAGUUCGACUACGAUGCCGAGAAGGAUAAGGAAGCUGCUAAGCGGACCGCUUCUGGUAAUGGCGCCGGUGCCGCGUACCGGUACCACUUCGGACUGGGAAAGAGACGCAUGUACGAUUUUGGGCUCGGUAAGCGCUACUUCGACGCGGAGGAUUUCAACAAGCGGCUUCCGAACCGGUACAACUUCGGCCUGGGUAAGCGCUAA